AUGGCUGCCAUCAACAGACUUCCGCCAGAUUGGCAGCAGGUCUUGACACCCUGUUAUUCCUGUUGCAAGAGGGUUUGGAUACCCGAAGAAGCUACAUUUGGCGACCAGUGCAUCGGGCCAAUUACACAAGUGCCGGUGCUGCUAGCCAUACUCGUCGUCUUUUGCCGAUAUGGACUCUAUCCGUUGUGGGCUCGGCGACCAGCCUGGCUGCGCGCUUUUGCAAGCGAACCCAACAUCUCCAAAACAACCCCGGGCCGGACCCGGAGCAAUGGCCACCAUCGCAGCUAUGCCGCCGUCGUGGCUGCCGGAGAGGAUGGGGAUUUUGAGGCAAAGCCCACGCACAAGACUUGGACAGUCUACACCAAGUCGCUCUUUGCUAUCUCCGUUAUCAGCGCCAUCACCAGUGCCCUCGUUGCUGGGUUGUUCGAUUUCAGCCUCCCCUAUCUGAUGCCGAUUAUUCCAUCGUUUUUGACCGCAGCAAUCAUCGCUAUCGACCGCCCGCAAACCACACCGGGUGCAGUCUUCUUAAUCAACGGUGGUCUUCUCGUCACUCAACUGGCUCUUCUAAUCGGCGUACCUACGUUGACAACAUCAUCAUGGCUGGCUAUACUACUAUUCUUGCUGACAGUUCUCUUUCCCCUGCUCUCGGUCGGCAUAGUCCUGGUCAUGCCUCUGCGCAACCCCCAUGCAGCUGGCACAGAAGAGGUUGCAGGGAAGGACGAUGUCCCACCUACGGAAAAGCUUCGCAGCCCAGAAGACAACUUCUCUGUCUGGCAGUGGAUGACCAUCAGCUGGAUGGGCAAGCUCAUACAGCUUGGCUACAAUCGCCAGGUCCACCCAGAAGAUGUGUGGCGGCUUCCCUUUGAGUUUCAACAUAAGCGUCUUCAUAAUCUGUUUCGCGAGAUCAAAGGCACCGUCAUCGGUCGCAUUCUAGUAGCAAACGCCCCUGACCUUCUCAUCACGUCGUCGCUUGGCAUACUAGAGUCUGCGUGUGCCCUCACCCAGGUCGUGCUCCUCAAACAGCUUCUCUCCGCCCUCGGGGCGCAGAACAUGCGCGUGGCUGUCGCAUAUGCAGCCCUCGCAUUGCUGGUUAGGCUGGUCGCCGCCCAAUCGGCCGUCUUCUCGUUGUGGUUCAGCCGCCGGUGCUACGAGCGCUCACGCGGCGAAAUGAUCACCAUGAUAUACGAAAAGACGAUCCGCCGCAAGGCCUUUACGUUCCCAGGGGUCGACGAAGAAACGGAAGAUGGAGAGGGAAAAGACACGAAACACCAGGAAAAGCCCGGCGCUCCGGCUUCCAUGGGCAAGAUCCUCAACCUGAUGCGCAACGAUGUUUAUGAAGUCGCCCAGCGCUUCUGGGAGUUCCCCGGGCUGUUCACCAAGCCACUCAACUUUGUUCUAAGUCUCGCUUUGAUCUGGAACAUUCUCGGCCCGGCCAGUCUGCUGGGUAUUCUCGUCCUCCUCUUUGCGCAGCUGCUCAAUGUCUUUGUCAUCAGGGUUCUACUGAAGUGGGAGAGGGCUCGCAGAGCCGUCACCGAUCUCAAGCUGCAGAUAACUAGCCAGUUCGUCGAAACCAUCCGGCAUCUUAGGUGGUACGACUGGCAGGACCGUUGGCUGGGACAGAUAUUCGAAACACGGGCGACGGAGCUGCGCUACCGCGUCGUCAGCAACCUACUGCAGAAGGCUCUGGGUGCUCUUAACCAGCUGGCAGCUUUCGCGUUCCCAGUAGCGGCCUUUUAUGCAUACACUGUCAUUGGUGGCCAUACUCUUUCGGUUGACGUCGCCUUCCCCGCGCUUAACCUGUUUACCAUGCUCAAUACCAGCCUUCAAGACCUCCCUAAUCUAGUGAUGGUCCUGUUGAACGCUAGCAUUGCCAUGGGAAGAAUUGAGAGUUUCAUGGCAGAACCAGACAAGGAAGAUGCAGACUACGACAGUGACAAGCCUUAUGGAAAGCAGGAGCUCGAGAUCAAAGGUGCCAACUUUUCAUGGCCAGGUCAGACGGCUGAAAACCCCGUACUUCGUGAUGUCAACAUGUCGGCCGGUCCGGGACUCACCGUGGUGUGCGGCAAGGUUGGAGCUGGCAAGUCGGCCCUCCUGCAGGCGAUACUGGGUGAGCUGGAUCAGUACAGUGGCGAGCGCAACGUUCCUGAAGAGAUGAAGGCAUACUGUGCGCAGACUCCAUGGCUGCAGAGCAUGAGCAUCCGGGAGAACAUUCUGUUCUCGGGCGGGUUCGACGAGCGGCGCUAUCGACGCACGCUCGACGCCUGUGCCCUCCUUCCAGACCUCAAGGAAUUCGAGGGCGGCGAUCUGUCCAUGGUAGGCGAGAACGGUGUAGGCCUGUCUGGUGGCCAAAAAGCCAGAGUCGCCCUCGCCAGGGCGGUGUACAGCAAAGCUAGGAUCUUGCUGCUCGACGACCCGAUCGCAGCGCUGGACCACCACACUGCCGAAUUCGUUGUUCGGAAGCUCUUCUCCCCGGGCGGUCUAUGUGAGGGCCGUACAGUGGUAUUUGUUACCCACCGUGUCGACCUUCUCAAGCCGUGGGCGGACCAAAUGUACGAGGUGUUUGCAGACAGGCCCUCGUCGCUCGAGCUGCACCAGCCCGAGGAGCUGGAGAGGGACACGUCGUUCCAUAGGCGAGUGGCGGCGGUACAAGAAACGCAGGCCGAGGAAGCUGCAACCGAAACAGCAGAGGCACAGGAAAAUGCCAGUGUGGCGAUUCCAGACAAAUUCAUCGAGGUCGAGCGUCGCGCCCACGGCGGAGUCAUGGCGUCCGUGUACUGGCGUUAUGUCAAGGCCGGCAAGUUGUGGCUCUGGGCGCUACUCAUUCUCACAUUUAUCAUCUACAGGCUGUUUAAUCUGCUGUACUUUUACUUCCUCAAGGUCUGGGGCGAGGCUUACAAACAGGACCCGGUCGAGCCCAGCCGAAGGUUGCCAUCUAUGAUGGCCCAGCGUUCCUUGAUUUCUCGCGAUUUGUCAAUGGCACAUGUAUCUGAUAAGAGCGGAUGGAUCGACUUUGACUUUGGACUUCCACCACCCGAAGAGGAUGUCACACCAUGGCUGUUCUGGUUCUUCAUGCUCAGCAUCGCACAGUUCCUUGCGCAGCUCAUGUCUGACCUUACCCUGGUUGCUAUCGUAUACGCGGCUGGCAAGAGAUUAUUCCAGGACGUGAUGUGGCGUGUGUCAGCAGCCACCUUCCGCUUUUACGAUGUGACGCCGGUUGGACGGCUUAUGAACCGGCUGACCUCGGAUAUUGGUACUAUCGACGGCCAGAUUGCAGGGCAGCUGUAUAUGGUUGCCUUUCACAUGGUGGCCUGGUUGUCUUCGGUCGCAGUCAUAGCCACCACCACCCCCAUCUUCUUGGGCUUGGCUUUGGCAAUGACCUUGCUGUUUGUUUAUAUUUUCAGCCGCUUCUUACCUCUCUCACAGUCCCUCCGCCGUCUCGAGAUGGUAUCACUGUCGCCACUCAUGUCCAACUUUGGCACCCUGCUCGAGGGUCUCACAACAGUCCGCGCUUUCCGGGCCCAGCCGCAUUUUGAGCACCGAAUCAUUGUUACCACAGACGCAUUUCAGCAGAUGGACCACUUCUACUGGUCUUUGCAGUCAUGGCUGACGUAUCGCUUUGAUACGCUCUCGGCUCUAUCUACAUUUGUCUUGACCAUCACCGCAAUGUCCUCGGGCCUGUCGUCUGGCGCGGUGGCGUUCGUCCUGGCCGCAGCGGCCACCUUUGUUGACACGACCCACCUUUUGUGCCGGAAAUACGGCGAGCUACAGAUGAUGUUUGUCUCGGUCGAGAGGGUCAUUGAGCUACUCGACCUUGAGACGGAGCCGGAGUUUGAGAAGCCGUCCAGCGCGCAGGCGAGCACGUGGCCGGCGGCGAGUGACGAUAUAAUCUUUGACAACGCAACAUUUCGGUACGCGCCGCGCCUUGAGCCCAGUUUGAGGGGCGUAUCGUUCCGCAUUCCUGCAGGAUCCACUGUCGCAGUCACAGGCCGUACAGGCUCUGGCAAGAGCACGCUUGCGCUGGCUCUUCUGGGUACCAUCCUUCCCGACUCUGUGCUGGCCCAGCUGCAUCAGGAGCAAGUUGGUGACAGCAACGAAGAGACGCCACUGCUCGCGCCAAGACUGGACAGCUCAGGCGGCAGCGUCUGGAUCGGCGGGGUGGACAUCGCGCGGACUGACAAACACACACUGCGGCGGCGCAUCUCGUUCGUGGCGCAAGAUCCGGUGCUCUUCCCAGGUACGCUGCGUGAGAACCUGGACCCACUGCGCGAGUACGACGAUGCCGAGUGCGCAACCGUCCUCGCGAGGGUGAUGGGCCCGUCGUCCUCGGCGGUGGGGUCUUUGUCGACCAGCAAACCCACCGCCGCCACGCCGCCACAGCAGCAGCAAGACGCGACGGCAUCCUCCUCGGGAACGGUGACGCCGACCAAGCAGCAGUUCCACCUGGGGACGCGCGUCGACGGCGGCGGCAAGAACCUCAGCCAGGGACAGAGGCAACUGGUUGGGAUCGCACGGGCGGUGCUGCGCCGGUCCCCGAUCGUGAUCCUCGACGAGGCCACGGCCAGCAUCGACUUUGAGACGGCGUUUCGGAUCCAGGAGGUGCUGCGGGAGGAGCUGCGGCAGAGCACAGUCAUUGCGAUUGCGCACCGGGCCGAGGCGGUCAAGGAUGCCGAUUUUAGGAUCGAGUUGGAAAAGGGGCGGGUUGUUGUUGCCGAGAAGAUUGUGAGGUGA